AUGGAGAGCCACGAUUCCUCGGAUCUACCGAACACUGUGGGAAGCCCUUCUCAUUUAUCCGCCGGCGACGCCAUCCCGACCGAGAAGCGAAAGCGAGAGUCUGAACCCGACCCGGAAACCUCGUCUGACCUUGCCCCGCGUGAGCAGCACCCGCUGUGGAAAACGAGCCUUUGCUCAUACUUCCGGAAGACCGGCGGCUCAUGCAGCCACGGCGAGUCAUGCCGGUAUGCUCACGGCGAGGAGGAGCUCCGCCAACGGCCCGACAACACCUGGGACCCCACUUCACAGCGGGCCAAGAAGACGGCGAGAACACAUGAGAAGGAAGAGGGGGAAACGGCGGAGGAAGCGGAGGGUGGGGUAAUGAUGACGGAGGCCUUGGAAGACGGCGAGGAGGAUUCUUCUUCUGGUUUGUCUAAAUGCAUUGUGAAUUUACCCAGGAAGUGGAGUUCAGAUAAUUUGAGGAACUUUCUCAAUGAACAGGGAAUUCAAUUUAAAUCGGCCAAGAAAAAGAAAAACAUGAGUGUUGGUUUUGUUACUUUCGAAACUGCAGCAGAGGUCAAGGUUGCCUUUGAGGGGCUAGAUGGGAAAACUGUUGGCAAUAACAGGACUUUAAAGGUUUCAGACGUCAUUCCACGGUCGUUCAAUGUUGAGUCUGGCGAUGAUGGUAGUUUAAACAAUGAAUCUGUUUUAAAGGGUAGGAGUGCACGUGAUGUGGUGACUCCUCUCGCUCACAUGUCCUAUGCCGACCAGUUAGAGCACAAGAAGAACUCACUGGCACAAAUUCUCAGAAGAUUAUCUCGCAAUGCACGUAAAGCUUGUCCUCAUGGUGUCUCACUUCCAGAAUGGAUUAUGAAAUCUAAAGAAAUAGGUGGUCUUCCAUGCAAACUGGAGGGUAUAAUUGAGUCGCCUCUCGUCAAUGGGUACCGUAACAAGUGUGAAUUCUCUGUUGGUUGUUCCUUGCAAGGCAAACAUACAGUGGGAUUUUUACUUGGCAAUUUCAGGGAGGGUGUGACUGCUGUUGAGGAACCUUUGAACUGUCCAAAUGUUUCCAGAGUUGGUAGCAGAUAUGCUGCCAUUUUUCAAGAAUUUUUGCAGAAUUCAAAAUUGCCUGUAUGGAACAGAUUGAACAAUACUGGAUUUUGGCGUCAAUUAACGGUUCGUGAAGGUAGGACGCCUUCCAAGAAUGCUGAGGUGGACAAUCCAGAGACCAACAUUUCAGAAGUCAUGCUUAUAGUUCAGGUUUGUACAGUGAAUUUUGAUGACGAAAAUGUUAAAGAUGAAAUUGUAAGUUUGGCUCAAGCAUUUUCUGUGGGAUCAGUAGAAUCUCUUUUGCCUCUUACAGCACUUGUAAUUCAGGAUCACAGAGGAAUUUCCAAUGCUGCCCCUUCUGAUGCUCCUUUGCUGUAUGUUUUCAUCCGGAAAGGGAAUGAUUGUGGACUCGAGAUAGCUAAUGAUGUUGUCGAACCAAGAAUUCAUGAUCACAUAAGCAAUCUUAAGUUUUCAAUAUCUCCAUCGGCCUUCUUUCAGGUUAACACUCUUGCUGCUGAGAAGUUAUAUUCGCUUGCUGGUGACUGGGCCGGGUUGGGCCCCGACACUUUACUUUUCGAUGUUUGCUGUGGCACUGGGACAAUUGGCCUGAUUUUAGCCGACCGUGUUGGUAUGGUUGUUGGCAUUGAAAUGAAUGCUUCUGCUGUUUCAGACGCUCAGAGGAAUGCAGAAAUCAAUGGCAUUAAAAACUGCAGAUUUGUCUGUGGAAAGGCUGAAGAUGUUAUUGGGUCGUUGAUGAAAGAGUACCUAUCUUCACCCCAAAACCAAAAUGAAACCGACGCAUUAGGAAAUGAGGAGCCUGAAAUCAAGCCUUAUGAAGAAGAUGCCGAUUCUGCUGACUGUAUCACAGGAAAUGGCGAUAGCCAAACCAUUGACCAGGAGAAUGGGAGUAGCAUUGCCCCUCAAUCUCCAAAAGAUGAAAACAAGUUGGAGAAUCUUUGCAAUUCUGAAAGUGGAAAUAACCCGAUUCGGCAAUUUAAAAAUAUCGUUGCUAUAGUUGAUCCUCCACGCGUUGGACUUCAUCCAACUGUAAUCAAAGUUCUGAGGACGCAAUCUCGUCUGAGGAGGCUUGUAUACAUUUCCUGUAAUCCCGAGAGUCUGGUGGCAAAUGCUAUCGAGCUCUGCACACCAUCCCCCCUUACGACCGAGAAAGGGAAUAACAGGAACAACUGGGGAUGGAAAAACGUAAGUUCGGCUGGUCUGGCUAGACGCAGGGCAAAGUCCAUGCCCAUUUCUGAGCCGUUUAAUCCAGUAAAAGCCAUGGCCGUUGAUCUUUUUCCUCAUACGAACCAUUGCGAACUAGUGAUGCUUCUUGAGAGGUGA